GAGGACGGGUUCCGCGCGCUCCGCGGCAGCGCAGGCGGGUCCCCUCCCCCCGGAAGGUUCGCGAAGGAGCCGCCGCCGCCGCCGCCGAGGAGCAGCCGCCGCCAGGGCCGGUCCCCGGGGGCGCCAUGGCGACCGGAGCGAACGCCACGCCGCUGGGUAAGCUGGGGCCCCCCGGGCUCGCCCCGCUUCCCGGGCCCAAGGGGGGCUUCGAGCCGGGGCCUGCGCCCGGGCCCGGGGCGGGUCUGCUGGCGCCGCCGCCGCCGCCGCCGCCCGUGGGCUCCGUGGGGGCCCUGACCGCGGCCUUCCCGUUCGCGGCGCUGCCGCCGCCGCCGCCGCCGCCCCCCCCGCCGCCCCAGCAGCCGCCGCCGCCGCCUCCGCCGCCGUCCCCGGGCGCGUCGUACCCGCCGCCGCCGCCGCUCUACCAGCGCGUGUCGCCGCAGCCGCCGCCCCAGCCGCCGCGUCAGGACCAGCAGCCGGGCCCGGCCGGCGGCGGAGGAGACUUCCCGAGUAAGAAGCGGAAGAGGAGCCGAUGGAACCAAGACACGAUGGAGCAGAAGACGGUGAUUCCAGGAAUGCCCACGGUCAUCCCCCCUGGACUGACCCGGGAGCAAGAGAGAGCUUACAUAGUGCAACUGCAGAUAGAAGACCUGACUCGUAAACUGCGCACAGGAGACCUGGGCAUCCCCCCUAACCCUGAGGACAGGUCCCCUUCCCCUGAGCCCAUCUACAACAGCGAGGGGAAGCGGCUCAACACCCGGGAGUUCCGCACCCGCAAGAAGCUCGAGGAGGAGCGGCACAACCUCAUCACGGAGAUGGUCGCCCUCAACCCCGACUUCAAGCCCCCCGCGGAUUACAAACCUCCAGCAACACGGGUGAGCGACAAAGUCAUGAUUCCCCAGGACGAGUAUCCAGAGAUCAACUUCGUGGGGCUGCUGAUCGGGCCCAGAGGGAACACCCUGAAAAACAUCGAGAAGGAGUGCAAUGCCAAGAUCAUGAUCCGGGGCAAAGGGUCUGUGAAGGAAGGGAAGGUCGGGCGCAAGGACGGCCAGAUGCUGCCCGGGGAGGAUGAGCCGCUGCAUGCCCUGGUCACGGCCAACACCAUGGAGAAUGUCAAAAAGGCCGUGGAGCAGAUCAGGAACAUCCUGAAGCAGGGCAUCGAGACUCCAGAGGACCAGAACGACCUGCGGAAGAUGCAGCUGCGGGAGCUGGCGCGCCUGAACGGGACCCUCCGGGAAGACGACAACAGGAUCUUGAGACCCUGGCAGAGCUCAGAAACGCGCAGCAUCACCAACACCACCGUGUGCACCAAGUGCGGCGGGGCCGGCCACAUCGCUUCCGACUGCAAAUUCCAGAGGCCUGGUGACCCUCAGUCCGCUCAGGAUAAAGCACGGAUGGACAAAGAGUACCUGUCCCUCAUGGCUGAACUGGGUGAAGCACCUGUCCCAGUGUCUGUGGGCUCCACCUCGGGGCCUGCCACCACCCCGCUGGCCAGCGCGCCUCGGCCUGCUGCUCCUGCCAACAACCCCCCUCCGCCGUCUCUCAUGUCCACUACCCAGAGCCGCCCACCCUGGAUGAAUUCUGGCCCUUCAGAGAGUCGACCCUACCAUGGCAUGCACGGAGGUGGCCCUGGCGGGCCUGGAGGUGGCCCCCACAGCUUCCCACACCCAUUGCCCAGCCUGACAGGUGGCCAUGGCGGACAUCCCAUGCAGCACAACCCUAAUGGACCCCCACCCCCUUGGAUGCAGCCACCACCGCCACCGAUGAACCAGGGCCCCCACCCACCUGGGCACCAUGGCCCUCCUCCAAUGGAUCAGUACCUGGGAAGUACGCCUGUGGGCUCUGGGGUCUAUCGCCUGCAUCAAGGAAAAGGUAUGAUGCCGCCGCCACCUAUGGGCAUGAUGCCGCCGCCGCCGCCGCCGCCCAGUGGGCAGCCCCCGCCCCCGCCCUCUGGUCCUCUUCCCCCAUGGCAGCAGCAGCAGCAGCAGCCCCCGCCGCCCCCGCCGCCCAGCAGCAGUAUGGCUUCCAGUACCCCUUUGCCAUGGCAGCAAAAUACGACGACUACCACCACGAGCGCUGGCACAGGGUCCAUCCCGCCAUGGCAACAGCAGCAGGCGGCUGCCGCAGCUUCUCCAGGAGCCCCUCAGAUGCAAGGCAACCCCACUAUGGUGCCCCUGCCCCCCGGGGUCCAGCCGCCUCUGCCGCCCGGGGCCCCUCCCCCUCCGCCGCCUCCGCCGCCUGGUUCCGCCGGCAUGAUGAUCCCUCCCCGCGGCGGCGAUGGCCCGAGCCAUGAGAGUGAGGACUUUCCGCGCCCAUUGGUGACCCUUCCAGGCAGACAGCCUCAGCAGCGCCCCUGGUGGACAGGAUGGUUCGGCAAAGCAGCCUGAGUUAUUUUUGUGGACGGAAUCAGAACACGCUGGCUCCAUAUCGUGAAAUUUUUAUUAAUUUUUUCUUUUUUCUUUGUUAUUUCCUUACCUCUUCCUUUCUCCAGACUCCGUCCAAGGAGACGCUCUCCCUGGUCUUCUGCUGCAAUUAGAUUCCUUUUCUUUCUUCUCCAUCCCUCCUCUUCCCUUGCCAAGGAAGGGGGAGCAAGUGGCUGUAGGCACGGACCGUGGCCUUUGGUGCUGGGCUGGGGGGGAGUGGGAGGUUCGGGUUCGAAGUUGUUCCAGGUGCCGAGGGCGGCCCCGAGCGUGUUCACAUGCGUGGUUUUGAACAAGCCGGCCUUGCUGAGGGCUGUAGAGCCACUGAGGGCAGGGCCUUCCCCCAGGCCUGGACUUUGCAUCCAGCCUGGAGACAGUGUCGGGCCCUCUGGCUAUGGGAGCUGCCUCCAGCGCCACUUGCUCCUGUCCUUCUGGAAGCUUCUUUCACAUUUUAUUUUAAUCCCAACGUCUGACUGUUGCAGUGUCUGGGGCUUUGGACCCUGUGUUCUUCGUUCUGCCUCCUCCCCUGCCCCCACCUCCCCUUCAUGGAGUGAUUAUGUUGACAAUAAUGUAUAACGCGCGUUCUCUUCACUGGUUUAUCUACAGAAAUUUCUUGGGCUUUUUUUCGGUGUUUGAUUCGACACUGCGCUAAAGUGGGGAUGUUCCAUUGAAUAAAAGAGCAGUGUGGUUUUCU